AUGCGCCGUCAACCUGACAGAUUUCAGACAUGCAUUAUAGAGGAGGAUAUAAAUAAAAGCUUAAAUAAAGCCAGACAUUUUGCAAAAUUAUGUCGAAAUAGACCAUCGGGAGGAAAUAAUUUUAGAAGUUUCAAAAGAUAUGAUUACUCAGAUCAAAAAAGAGGAAAUCAACGUUAUUAUGAUAGAGAAUACGGAGAAGAUAAAGGAAAUUCUAGAGAAGAUCGAGGAAAACAAGGUCCAAAUGUUAAAUUUUUUCGAGGCGAAAGAAGUCAGAAUCAACGAAAUGAACAAAACAACAAUGGAUUAUCAAAGAAGGAAGAAGAGAAAGGAGACGAGGGGAAAGUAGGAGGAGUCAAGAAAAAGAGGAAACAAUUAGAUACAAACGAUAAUAAUAAUAAUCUAGAAAGAAACAAUAGUACGACAUAUAACGUUCAGGGUUUAGAUUUUAAAGAUUAUCAAGCGUUCAAUUCGUGCAAUGAUAAAGCUAAAGAAGGAGUUACGAUUUUAGUUAAUAGGAAACAUUUAGCAAAUCAUGUGACUAAUAUCGAAUAUAUAGAUGUUAUAAUUAAAAUUGAUCUUAUGUUAAGAAAAAUCGACAUAGAAGAUAUAAUUGAAGACUAUUUGGAUCAUAAUUUUGGAUAUAAUGUAGAAUUUGAUUAUAAAUUAAUAAAAGUAUAUUUACUAGAUCAAACAGAUCAAGCAUUUACUUGGAGCGGUUAUCAAAAAACGAAAGGAGGAGAGGUAAAUGAUAGAAAGAAAGUAGUAGAAAAAUGGGAGGAAUUUGAAAAUAUCAUAACAGAGGAAUGGAUUAAUAGACUAGAAAUGGAUUACAGUAACGUGGAAUAA